GCAAUGCGGAAGCGAAAUGAGGGCGGCGCGUGGCAGGACGGGCACGCAUUUUCGUACGAGCGAGCCCUUCUCCAAGAUGGAGUAGAGCACGUGGUGGUGAUCGUAGCGAUAUCGGUGAUAUCCUGUUCUGCGCAUUCAGUGUGUGACACAUAUACCAGUGACUUGCGACCAGCCAUGGCACGUCGCUACGUCCCUAACAUCCUCGUCACCGGCACGCCCGGCACAGGAAAGUCUACUCUGGCGUCCGAAGUGGCGAAUCGCACGGGCAUGGACUGGCUCAACGUGGGUGAAAUCGCCCGGGAAAAUGACCUCUACGACGGCUACGACGACAAGUACGACUGCGCAGUGCUCGACGAAGACCGCGUAGUUGACGAGCUCGACGAGAAGCUCUCCCAACAGGCCGGCGGCAGCAUCGUCGAAUACCACGGCUGCGACUUCUUCCCCAAGCGCUGGUUUGACGUGGUCUUCGUGCUGCGCACUGAUAACACGCUCCUCUACGACAGACUGCGCGCUCGGGGCUACACAGGCAAGAAACUGGAAGACAACGUCCAGUGCGAGAUUUUCCAGACGAUUCUGGAUGAGGCGCGCGAAGCCUACGACAACGGCAUCGUGUUCGAGUUGCCCAGCAACACGCCCGACGACAUGGAGGAUAAUGUUGACAAAAUAUGCUGCUGGAUAGAACAGUGGCGCAACGCAAGCCGGUAGCCCGCGGUCAAAAAUGAUGGCCUUGGACCUUCUAGCGUGUGCUUCGUCCGUGGGACAGCAGCUAGUUGCAGUGAAUCGUGCCGAACUAGUGUUCAUUCGUCUCCUCGAGAUGUUCGAGAUGUGCUGCGCCACUUCUCAGAUGCUGAUGCAACAACCGCGACAGCCAAAUGAACUGGGAACUGGAGCUCGCUGUUGUUUCUUUCAUUUGAUAUAAAUUCGUUCCUUUGAA